CAUACAGUCUGUCAGCGGGCAGGACAGCACCACCCGUCGUAGUCUCCUCCAACACUUCAAACAUGCGAGGAAUGAACAAUAUCCUGGUGCUGUUCAUAGCAGUUUCGGCGACUGUCAGCGUCUUCAGUAUCAUCGAUAACCUCAGGAUGAAGCACACGAAGCAGGAAUACCUGUUUGAGAGACAACAGAUUCACCACCCCCAGCAGCCCCAGCAGCAUCAGAAGGAGGACUAUCAGCCUCAGCAGUACCAGGAGGAUAGGCAUGCCAAGCAUCAGCAGCGAUACGAACAGCGGCAGCGAUACGAACAGCGGCAGCGAUACGAACAGCGGCAGCAAUUCGAACAACCUCAGCGACCACAACUGCCGCAGGACGACCAAGACCCAAUUCUCCGUCUCCUGAAGGAGUUUCAUAAGCUGGAAGGUGGUGUGGAGCUGUUGGGGAAACUGUCACAGCAGGAGAAAGUGUUGGAGAAACUGUUACAGGUGGAUAAAGUGCUGGAGAAACUGACAUUGGAGAGACUGUCACAUCAAGAUAAAAUGUUGGAGAGACAGUCACAGCAGACCACAACAAAGAAGGACCUGCCUACUAUCUACGUAGUAACACCGACCUACAAGCGCCUCGAGCAGAUCCCGGAGUUGACGAGGCUGGCCCAGACGCUGAUGAACGUGCCCAACAUCCACUGGAUCGUCGCCGAGGACACCAACACUACCAACACCCGGGUAGUCGAGUACCUCAAGUACACCGGCCUCCCCUACACCUACCUCCUUACACCCAUGCCGCAGAAGUACAACGACCCCAAAUACAAAGGCAAAGGCAAACCCAAGGGCGUCGCCAACAGGAAUGCUGCCAUUGACUGGAUCCGCAACCACGCUACCGAGGGCGUCAUGUACUUGGCUGACGACGACAACACUUACGACAUCCGCAUCUUUGAGGAAAUGCGGUACACGAAGAAGGUAUCCAUGUUUCCAGUGGGCCUCGUGACUCAGGCGGGACUCUCCACGCCCGUACUGAAGGAGGGAGAAUAUUACGCCUGGUAUGACGGGUGGAUUGGUGGCCGCAAGUUCCCUGUCGACAUGGCCGGGUUUGCUGUGUCCGUCCCCUUCCUCCUGACGGUACCGGAAGCUAUGAUGCCCUACACCGCGGGGUAUGAGGAAACUGGCUUUCUCUCCAGCCUCAAGAUCAAGCCGGAAGAGAUGGAGUUUAAAGCCGAUAACUGCACUAAGAUCUACGUGUGGCACACGAAGACCCACAAGAACUCCCCCUCCAGCAGGAAUAUCCUCAACAAGCUGUAUGAUGGCACUAACCUACGACUCCUACAGAAGCUCAUGACCCUCAAGGAAGAACCAACCACCAAACGUCCUCCUACAACAACACGCGCCCCCCGACCUCCCCCAAAGUCCUAAGGGUAUUGUUAUCGCUGUGUGUGUGUGUGUGUGUGUGUGUGUGUGUGUGUGUGUAAGAAUCAACUUAGUAGUCCAUUGGUGAUUCUGCUUCCUGUCACUAUAAUCAUGCUUUGUACCAGACUCCUAGAUGGUUACUGAAGACAUACUAAUAUUACCGUCCAAUUAGUUUAACAUCAAUUGCUGGGAUUUUUCCGGAAGCAAUAAUAACAAAUUCGUUUCAUAAUCACCUUGAGAACCAUAUAUUGAUAAUUAACUCUGAACGGGCUUAAUAGAGGGCGCCUAUGUCCAUCAUUCUUUUCAGGCGUUUUAGUGAAGAUUAUGUUUACAAUAUUUGAAUCAGAAAGAAUAAUGAUUAAUUAUUUAGAAUAAAUAAUUCACGAUAAUGACAGAAUGGAGGUAAACAACGAAAAGAAAAAAGAAAAAAUAUAGGUGUUAUUUUUCGGUAGUGAAGCGGUGGACAAUUUUACUACUAUGAUGUUACCUUCACACAGUCCCCUUAUCAACGAUGCCGACGUUCGAUCUGUCUACACUAUAGUAACAUUGAUCAAUUCCUGUAGUCUUUGUUCUCCUAUUUUCUUUCCUCAUUCUUCUUGAUGACUGGUUACAUGCCUUUUUUUCCGUGAACGACUUCGGUAAAGUAAUUGUUUUAUAACUUUUUUAGUAGCAACUUAUUACACAGAGGCCACUUGUUUUGUUAGUUCACUCACAGUACAGUUUAUGGUAGCGAGUUUGUCACUUAAGAGAGCGUUUAACUUUAUUUAGCUGCAGUACCCGCCAGCAGAACGUGUUAAUUAACCCAGUAAGCCACUCACACAGUGUUCUGUCUCAAUGAAAUGUCUACUCAGAAUGUGUUUAAUGGCAGUGUGUUGGCAACUCAAAAAGAUUUAUACGCUAGCCAGCUGAGAGCAUUUUAUGCAAGUUAACAAACCACUGUGUGUGUUUUAUACAAGUCAACAGGCCACUCUUCGAGCGUAUUUUGCAAAGUCAACAAGCCACUGAGAGAGCAUGAUAUGCUAGUUAACUGAGCCACUCUGAGAGCAUUUUAUACUCUUUAACUGGGUGUUCCUGCCAAUACUCGUACUUAUAUAUAAGGAAGUUCACCUCUUUGGCUGAGUUAGGUAGCCCAGUCCACGCCUUGCCUCACCAGGCUAACCAUGUUUUUCGCACGAGGGAUGUUUUUUCCAGUGAAACGCAACCUAACCUAAUGCCAAUUACUUGUUAUCAUUUGCCCAAUGUUCCAAUCAAAAUAUUGUAGUAAUUAUGCUCUCUCUCUCUCUCUCUCUCUCUCUCUCUCUCUCUCUCUCUCUCUCUCUCUCUCUCUCUCUCUCUCUCUCUCUCUCUCUCUCUCUCUCUCUCUCUCUCUCUCUCUCUCUCUCUCUCUCUGUCUCAGAUGUAUUCAAAUUAGGAUCCUUUGCAUUUUCAUUGUUUGUUACAGCUAGAGAGAGAGAGGAGAUAUUCAUCCAAUGUACUGUAAAUAAAAAUUAAUGUUAACUGUUGAUUUACAUGUUAAAUUAAUCAAGUGUUAAUAAACAACAAUUGAAGCCUUUUCACUGUACAAUAGUGAGGUGGAAGGCGAGCGAGAACCACCAAACACAACUGCAUAUACUGAUUAACAAAGUACCAAAUAAAAAAAAUAAUACACAAAUUUUAUAUACAUUUAAUGU